AUGGCCGGGGGUGCACUGUGGGUGUGUGUGGCAGCAUGCGCCCUGCUGCAUGCGGGUGGGCUGGUGCGCGGGGACUGCUGGCUCAUUGAAGGCGAUAAGGGCUUUGUGUGGCUGGCCAUCUGCAGCCAGAACCAGCCACCGUAUGAGGCCAUCCCGCAGCAGAUCAACAACACCAUCGUGGAUCUACGGCUCAAUGAGAACCGCAUUCGCAGCGUGCAGUACGCUUCACUCAGCCGCUUCGGCAACCUCACGUACCUCAACCUCACCAAGAACGAGAUUGGCUACAUCGAGGAUGGCGCCUUCUCGGGCCAGUUCAACCUGCAGGUGCUGCAGCUAGGUUACAACCGGCUACACAACCUCACUGAGGGUGUGUUGCGCGGCCUGACCAAGCUGGAGUACCUGUACCUGCAGGCCAACCUCAUCGAGGUGGUCACCCCCAGCGCCUUCUGGGAGUGUCCAAACAUCGUCAACAUCGACCUGUCCAUGAACCGUAUCCAGCGGCUGCACAGUGCCACCUUUGCCGGCCUGGCCAAGCUCUCUGUGUGUGAGCUGUACAGCAACCCUUUCUAUUGCUCCUGUGAGCUUCUGGGCUUCCUUCGAUGGCUGUCUGCCUUCACCAACGCCACGCACACGUAUGACCGCGUACAGUGCGAGUCCCCGCCGCUCUAUUCCGGCUACUUCCUCCUGGGCCAGGGCCGCCACGGCCACCGUAGCAUCCUUGGCAAGCUACAGUCUGUGUGCACUGACAGUUCCUACGCGGCCGAGACUGGCAUCCCCCGCCCUGGGCCCAGACACUUGCCACCGCCACCACCGCCUCCGGAGCCCAGCGACGUGGCCUGCUCUGAAGAAGAGUGCUUCUCCGGGGAUGGCACCACGCCGUUGGUGGCCUUGCCCACACUGGCCACACAGGCAGAGGCCCGACCACUCAUCAAGGUCAAGCAGCUGACGCAGAACUCGGCCACUAUUAUGGUGCAGCUGCCCAGCCCGUUCACCCGCAUGUACACACUGGAACAAUUCAACAACAGCAAGUCAUCCACCGUGUCCCGACUGACCAAGGCCCAGGAGGAGAUCCGCCUGACCAACCUCUUCACACUCAUCAACUACACCUACUGUGUUGUGUCCACCAGCUUGGGUCUGCGCCACAACCAUACCUGCCUCACCAUCUGCCUGCCCAAGCCGCCCAGCCCACCUGGCCCCGUGCCCAGUCCCUCCACCGCCACCCACUACAUCAUGACAAUCCUGGGAUGCCUCUUCGGGAUGGUGCUUGUGCUGGGAGCUGUCUACUACUGCCUUCGAAAACGGCGACGUCAAGAGGAGAAGCACAAGAAAGUGGCCACGGCAGCUGGCAGCCUGAAGAAGACCAUCAUUGAGCUCAAAUACGGCCCCGAGCUGGAGCCGCCUGGCCUGCCACCACUGCCUCAGGGUCCACUGCUGGGCCCUGAAGCUGUGACCCGCAUCCCCUACCUGCCCGCAUCAGCUGCAGCCAGCGAGGUGGAGCAAUACAAGCUGGUGGAGAGCGGUGAGCCACCCAAGCCCACCAAGGGCAACUACAUCGAGGUGAGAACAGCUGAGCAGACGGAGCGGCGUGACUGCGAGCUGGGUCGGCCUGGUCCCGACAGCCAGGGCUCGGUGGCUGAGAUCUCCACCAUCGCCAAGGAGGUGGACAAGGUCAACCAGAUCAUCAACAACUGCAUCGACGCCCUCAAGUCUGAGUCCACCUCCUUCCAGGCGGUUAAAUCCGGGGCCGUGUCCACUGCAGAGCCCCAGCUGGUGCUGCUGUCUGAGCCGCUGGCCGGCAAGCACAGCUUCCUGUCGCCCGUGUACAAGGACUCAGUGGGGCGCGGGCUUCAGCGGCACCACAGCGUGGAGGCCGCCCCGGGGCCCCCACGCGCCAGCACCGCGCCCAGCGCCUCCGUGCGCAGUCCGCGCGCCUUCCGUCCGGAGGCCACGGGCGAGGCCAAGUACAUCGAGAAGACGUCGCCCACAGCCGACACCAUCCUCACUGUGACACCCGCCGCCGCCAUCCUGCGCGCAGAAGCCGAGAAGCUCAGGCAGUACGGUGAGCACCGGCACUCCUAUCCCGAGCCGCCCGCACCACCGCCGCCGCCCCCACCGCCCCACGAGGGCCUGGGCGGGCGCAAAGUAUCCAUCCUGGAGCCGCUGACCCGCGCGCGCGCUCGCGAGCUGGCCUACUCCCAGCUGUCCCCACAGUACCAUAACCUGAGCUACUCCUCAAGCCCCGAAUACACCUGCAAGGCUUCCCAGAGCAUCUGGGAACGCUUCCGACUGAACCGCAGGAGGCACAAGGAAGAUGCAGAGUUCAUGGCAGCCGGUCACGCCCUGCGUAAGAAAGUCCAGUUCGCCAAAGACGAAGAUCUGCAUGACAUCCUCGACUACUGGAAGGGCGUGUCUGCGCAGCACAAGUCCUGA